AUGCGAUGGAUGCUGCGAGGGCUCUGUGCCCUCGUCGCCUUGACUUUUGUCUGUUCGCUCCUCCCCAAAUCUUCUCCGCUCAGCCUCUGGCGGAUACUCGGCGAUGAUACAUUCGUGGACUACAAUGAUGCCCGUAAUCAGAAGGCAGCUGCCGGCAAAGGCUGGGGAUGGAGAAUCAAGGACGACUGGAGGACGGAUGUGGUGAAGAGCAUUCCGGGCGAGGCACACAAGGAACACCAUGACUACAUGUACGGCGUCGAGACCAGCAAAAGCGACUCUGCGCUUCACCAAACAUAUCCGGACAUUCCUUGCUACCUGGAUGCUCCAGCUUUCGCCGCUCACUACAAUCUCACUCCGAACUUUAGCUACACACGGCGCUUCGUCACCGCGAAACCAUCUCCACCCUCUUUCAAGCGACCAGAAGGGUUUGAUCCUGUUCCUCGAAACUUGGACGAGGUCCUCGUACAGGGAUGGGAGCAGAUGGAGUGGCCUGGCUGGGCAGGAGUAGGCAAAGACAGUUGCACAGGGCUGACAGGGCAGCGUCAAGCCAUGUGUCUGGUACGGCUGGGCCAGAAGAAUCCUCUGGAGAAAGAUGCGCAACAGCAGAAGAAGAAGGAGAAGAGGGCAGAGCACAAAGACGUCAAGGCUGGGCUCGCACGCCGGUCCGCCAUGACUCACAUCUCUUCGUGCUCCUCUUCGAAGCAACCGCUGCAUCUGCCUACGUACCCAGUGCCGCGGACGCGGACUCGACCACACCAUUUGAUUCUAGGUCUGGCUUCCGACGUGGGGCGCAUCUUCGGCUUCCUGCCCCACCUCGAAUACUCUUUCGCCUGGUCUAACCUUCACUUGGUGCUCAACCUCCCACCCGACAAUAGAGUCGAGGAGCUUCGCGCUGCUCUUCAGAACAAGGGAAUUCGCGCAACCAUCAUCCAGUCUCCUGAGGAAGACUACCUGCGACGCUGGAUCGAGCUGCCCUCUCUUCUGUACGACUUUGCCGAUCCGGGACAGACACAGUGGGCCAUGAUCGGCGACGACGACACCUUCUGGAUGUCCCUCAACAAGAUCCUCGCCAUGCUCGACAAGUACGACCCGGAGGAGUCGCGCUACAUUGGUGCCCUGACCGACGAUUGGAGGCAGAGCAACAGCGGUCCCAUUGCCUUUGGAGGUGCCGGACUCGUCUUGAGUAUGCCUCUUCUGGAAGAGCUUCGACCCUACUGGACAGAAUGCAGUCCUGCCGGUGGACCAGCCGAUCAUCGUCUAGCCGCGUGCAUUUACGCACACAGCCACACCCGUCUCACUCUCGAAUGGUCCCUGAUGCAGGCUGACUUGCACGAUAACAUCCGUGGUCUGCUGGAGAGUGGUCGCGAGAUUGCCACGAUGCACCACUGGUCCUCUUGGCACACCGGCUUCGAUCCUUUCCUCAUCGCCCGCGCGGGAGCCGUUUGCGGUUCAGAAUGCCUCCUACAACGCUUUCUAGGUCGAGGAGCAACUCUGGCAAACCACACAGGCGUCAGCGCGGCGACGAUGGAAGACAAUGUGUACCUCUUGGUGCACGGUCUCUCUCUCACGCUCUACCCUUCGCAGCACCCUGACUUCAGCAAAACAGAAAUGACAUGGAAGGUCUUUGGCAAUUCCCAAUUCUCGCACGCCAUUGGACCCACAAGACAGCGCGUUCGCGAGGGACGUCCGCAUCGCACACUGGGUCAAGGGCACGCUGCGAGUCCCAAUUGGCGCGAGACUUGGACGCUCGAAGAUGUCCGGCUGGACAAUGAUGCCGAGGGGCUGCCAGUUGCCUGGGAUGGAGACGGCCGCGGGGCCCGCGAGAUCUACAUCAAGCGGGGCUCCCGAGUCAAGGGGUAUCGGACCGGCAAAACUUUCAGCGGCACCGAGCUCGCAGCUUCUCAGCGCAAGGGCGAUCGUCUUCUCGCUGCUGAGGACCUGAAGGAGGAGCCAAAGGCUGCCUCUCCUGGAGGAGUCCUGUCGAGUCUGGCCGCCAAAUUGCUCGGCAAGACUACGACGGUACCGCUGGAGGACGACGAUGGGCCCGAAGACGACAGUGUCAUUGAGCUCGUGUGGGUCUGA